GGCGGCGAGUGUCAUCAGUUCCGCAGCCUCAGUGGUGGUGGUGGUGGUGUCAGCUCCAAAUGUCCUGCCGCACUUCAUCACUCCUGCUCUCUUUCUCUCUCACACACACACACACACACACACACGCCGUCAGACACCGAGCAGACUCUGAAACUGACAAGAAACUGAAAAGUAGCGGCAGCCAUGAAUCAUCUUAACCCAGGGCUGCUUUCAGUCUACAACAGUCUGACGGACAAACAUCUCGCUGGAUACUUCAGCAACACUCGCAUCAGAAGACACCUGCAGAGAGCAGGACUGAUCACCAGGAGUGGGCGCAUCGUUCCAGACAAAGAGUACAGACACAAGGUGAUCCAGAGAGCCCACCAGAGACAUGUUCGUGAAUGCCUGGCCCAGGCCAUUUUCCACAAGGUGCUGGAGAUGGAGCGUCUCCAUCAAAUAGAGAUCAAAAGAAAACUGGAGGAGUUUGCAAGGAGGGAAAGAGUGCAUAAAAUCAAGCUGGAGCGCUCUAGAAGGUAUGAAGAAGACAUCAUCCGCAUCCUGUCUCCACGCCCCCCCACAGGGGCAAGGGGCGUCCGAAAACAGCACUCUGGGCCCGAGGGAGAUCACUCUGAAUCCUCCGAGUCUCUGGGAUCCUCUCGACCAAACACGGCUCCAGGGAAAAUGCAAAGGCCGGUGCGUCUGAAGCCGAUCCACAGUAACAGCACCACAGCUACACUCAGACGCAGCUCUCCUUACAGACUCCUGAGGUCUGCCAACGACAACGAGCAGCUCUUCAACGGCACUGAGUCCCGCAGAUGUUUGACCACAAAAGAGACCUCCAAUGGCGUCUCUCCAUACUGCCUCCCAGUCAUCAACAAUUUUGUCACCCCCGUCCCUCCAGCCACAAAGAGGAAAGAGAGGGCAAUAAAGGUCACUCCCAGCGGCACGCUCCGGGGCCGCAGACUGCGUCCGACCACCGCCACCAGUGUAGCUGACGUCAAUGAGGAUCGUCCAAUGCUGAGGAGCUCCGUGCAGCAGAGCAGAGUCAGUGUGAACAUGGUGUACUUUGGCAAAACAGUGCAUCUCUCCCACGACAUGAUCGACAUGAGGGACGAGGUGAAAGUCUUCCAGCAGCACUGUGGAGGAGAGAACCUCUGUGUGUACAAAGGCAAGCUCCGAGAGGGAGAGUCUUUCCAGUUCAUUUCAAGACGACACAGAGGCUUCCCCUUUAGUUUGACCUUCUUCCUGAACGGCCUCCAGGUCGAACGGCUGAGCUCCUGCUGUGAGUUCAAACACAGGAAAGGCUCCAGACUGGGCGGCAGGCACGGACACUUCGGCUUAUUCAGCGUGGAGGGGGCGUCGCCCUGCUACAAGUGCAUCAUCGCAAUGGGAUUGGACAAAAAACCUACGCCUCCACCAAAGAGAGCCAAAGAAGAGGGAGGAAGUGAGGUGUCGGUGUCCAGCCCAAAAGAAGCUGCUGAGAUGGAAACAGAAAGGACUGGUGAGGAGAACACGUCCUCCCAUUCAGAGUGUGAAACAAGACAGGGACUGGUCCAAGCAACCGCGGAGGACAAAGCCAGAGAUGAUUAUGAAGAAGACUUUGAAGCAGAUGACGAAGGCCCCGUGGAGGAUGAACAAGAAAAGAUCCCCCUGUCUGCAUCCAGUGACACAGAGUCACAGGUUAAAGACAGAGACACGUCUGAGACGCAAGACGACGAGAAGGACGAGGACAUAAAGUCUCGUUCAGGCUCCAGCUGUUCAGGCAGCGAUCAGGAGAUGAGCGAUGUGGAGGACGCGAAAGAUUCCAGAAAGGAUGAGAAAGCAGAGCUCCAUCGAGAGGACAACCAAGAACUGAAACUGAAUCCAGAAGAAGCAGCAGCUGCCGCUGAGGGCGAGUCGGGUUUAGCCAGGGACUCAGAUUUACAGCCCAGUGCAGGGGACAACGUCUCUGACACCAGCGUCCCCUCAGGACAGGAACACAGACAGAAUGAUGACACCUCAGAGGGAAAAGAAGCUGAGAGUAGAGGAGAGGAGGUAAAACGGGACGAAGAGGAACAGGAGAGGGAUAACUUUGUGCAGGAGAAGAUCACAGAAGCCAUACUGAACGAGUCCCAGAAGAGUUGUGAGCCUCCACUGACCGACGCCGGCACUGAGGAGCAGGAGGUAGCCACAGAUAAGGGACAUGAACAAGACAACGAUGAGAAAUCAGUGACAUUUGAGAAGCAGAAACAGACCCUGGCCGAGGAGACAAAGAGUGAGGAAAAUGCCAAUGUUGGUGAAGCUGAAGUGGUCCAGGUUCAGGAAGACACAUCUGAGCCAAAUAAAGAGGACAGUGUAACUGAAAAAGAGCUUCAUGAGAACAGUGACAGUGCUAAAGAUGAGGAGGAUGAAAAGCCUGCAUCAGAAGAUGUUGAAGAAAAGGAUAAAUCAGAGGACAUGGGUGCAGCAACACAAUCUGUGUCGGAAGAGAACACGAUUGAAGAACCCAAAACUAGAGAACCUCGGGAAGAUGGAGGAGCUGAAUGCACGGAUACAACCACUGCGCCAAAAGAUAAAGAACAAGAGGAGAAAAGUGCAGAAGCAGUGGAGGCUGACACACAGCCACAAGAGACAGGACCAGGGGCAGAAACCGGUGAUGCAGAUGUGUCAUCAGUAUCAGAGCCCGUUAAAAACACUGAUGAAAACGCAGCGUCAGACAAUGCGGAGGAGGAGGUUAUGACAGCGCGUAAGACAGUGGAGAUGGAAGCAGAGCCCUCAGAGGAACAAGAGGCCAUCAACUGUGAAGAGGCACCUGUAACUGACACCGAGGAGGAGAAGCAGCAGAGAGACAGCACAGACACACCGGCUGCAUCACAGACAGGAGUCACAGCUGAGGAUUCACAGAGCUCACUGGACGUGAGCCGAGAAUCAGUGGUGGAAAAUACAGCAGGAAUAAGAGAGGACAGUGCAAAGGGUGAGGCCAGUGGAGAUGAUAUUAGAGAAACUGAGCAGGAGGAAGCAGCAGAAGCAGGUAAUGGUGGCAGUCGGCAACAAGAGGCGGAAGAAGAGCAAAAAUCUGUGGAAAUAAAAGAGGAAAGUAAGGAGGAAGAAAAACAAACUGAAUCAGAUGAACUGGCACAAGGUGAAAAUAGUGAUGGUAAAGAAAAUAAUGAAACAGAUAUAAAAGAAGAAAAGGGAAACGAUGAAUGUAAGGCAGAGGAAAAGAUAGAAAAUGCGGACAACAUGGUAGAAGACACUAAAAGUGAUGAAAAAGAGACAAGCGACAAAGCAGCUGAGAAAAGUGCUGAAGAGGAAGAUGACGUUGCACAUGCGGAGAAAGACAACGAAUCAGAGAAAACGGAAAGAGACAAGUUUGGUGAAAGCGAUGAGAAUAAGAAUGAAGACGAGGAAUCUCGAGAAAAGGAGGCCACAGCUGAUCAAACUAACGAAGGUGAUGAAAUGACUGAGACAAAGGCAGAACUCAAUGAGGAGAAGGGUGACAACGCAGAGAAAGAAGAAAAAGAUGACAACGGGCACAAAGCUGAACAAAGUGAACAAGAUGACAAAGAACCCGAAGGGGAAAAUAUCACAACUUGUAAGAGUGAAGAGGGGGAGGGAACAUCCGAGAUCACUGAAGAACCGGAGAAAAGCACUGACCAUGUAAAAACAGCUGAUGGAAAUACUGCUCAGUCAGAGGAUGUUGGUGAUAACGAAGCAACACAUGUGAAUAAAACAACCGGCGAGAUGUCGGACAACGUGGUGGAGUCUGACGACACAAAGAAAGAAACUGAAGGGGCAAGUACCAAGAGUGAAAAGGGAGACGUCGACGCUGAAAAUGGGGAAAUUUCAAACAGAGGCGAGAGAGAAAGUCAUGAUGACGAGACAGAGGCUUCAGAUGAGGACAAAAAAGACGUGAAAACAGCCGAGCACGUCGAAGAUGAAGCAAAAUCAGAGCAGGUACCGACGGAAGAGAGAAGUACAGAGGUCAAAGAAGAGUCUGACCAUGAUGGUGAUGGAGAUGGAGAUGAGUGUGGUGGAAAGCAAGAGUCGGAGCUAGAAAUCACUGGGACGGAGAAAACAAACACAGAAAAUAAGCCAAACACAGGUAGAGAGGAGAGUGAGGAAACAGAACAAGAUGAAAAUUGCAACACAGCUGACCUCAAUAAUGAAAACAGAGAGUCCCACUCGACCAGAAAUAAGGAUAAUAUGAGUGACAUGAUCGUUGCUUCUUCAGCAGAUCAGGCACAGUCUUCAACACCAAGGGCUUUAGGUUCCUCGGCUGCAAUAUCGGACAAAAACCCACACACUGACGAAAACACUGCUGGUGGCAACAUCUCCGCUGCUAACGGAGAGAACGGAGCAGACGUGGAGGAGGUAAGCAAGGCCUCGGAGGAAGGAGCGAGUGUGCUGCUCAAACCUCGAGCAGCAAACAACGAGGCUGACGUCGCGGAACAGAGCAUCACAGUAGCUACAGAAACUCCAGAGGACCUAGCUAAUGAGGACAAGACUGAUCUGGUCACAAACUGGGUAAACAUGCAUCAAGAAUCAAAGUUUUUCAAGAAGUUUGUUGAACCCUUCGACGAACUGAGGGACGACACUUCACACGCGCCAGUGUCCAGCUCCAGCAAAGAGGAGACAACACCUGCAGAGCAGCAGAGAUUCCAGAGUCCACUCAAGAAUGAGCAAACAGAAAAAAGUGAAAGUGAGGAUCGAGAGAAAAACAACGUGGAAGCUGUUGAGUCCGACCUGGAGGGUGAUCAGUCUGAUGAUAAACUCCAUGAAAAUAACCAGGACAAAAACAGUCUCCGAGAAAAGGAGGAGACUGAGGUGAAGGACAUAUUAAUACAAAAAACAGGGAGUGAAGACAGUGAUGAAGACUCUACAAAAAGGGAGAGAAAGGGAAGCAAAGGGUCUGUAGGCGAAGACAAGAUGGACGACGGGGAAAACAAGGUUCAAGAUGAACCGAUGCAAAGUGAUAUAUUUAAAACUGAAGUGGAAAGCAUCGCAGGAACCCUUCAUUCGGUAGCCAGUGGCAAACCUAAGAGUGAGGCGGAGAAACAGAGCGAAGAGAAAACUAUUGAUCAUGAUCCAGACUUGAAUGAAAAACAAACGGAGAUUGAAGGGACAAAAAGUCCCUCGCCUGCAUCCAAAACAGAGGAGCAUCACGAGCGCUCAGUGAGUCCGGAUGGAGCGAAAGACACAGAGGAAACAUGGGGGAAAACAGACGAACCCAGUGGAGAAGUUACAGAAAUAACUGAUUUUACAACGUCCAAGUCUGACGACGGAAGCCAAGAGGAGUCCCGCGGCGGAGGGAUGCAACCCAGACUGUCAGAUGGGAGCGUGAAUAAAGAGCUAAUCCAAGACAUCAAACACACACUGAGUAAAGACAGACUGAGCUCUUUCUCAGUGGAUGAGACUUUGUUUGGCCACAGCUCAUAUCCUUUGCUAAAUGCUGCGAGAACAGAGAGUUUACAUUAGAGCUUCACACCUCAGCGUGUGCUAAAGGGUUGUUUAAUUAUUAAAAGUUCAUGAAUUACUCUGAAAACUUCCGCAGACACAAGAGAAAGCACUUUAACAAACAUUUAGACAAUCACAUGACAUAGCAUAUGUCCGCAAUCUAACUUUUCUGUCACGUCAUGUAAAAAAAAAAAGAUCAGAUGAUGCGAAGCGGUGGUUUUAGUUUUCCCAUAAACUGGCUCCUCAUUUACAUAACGACCUCUUCAUCAUCUCCAUGCUUCACUCAACAAAGGGAAGAAGCUGCAUACAGAGUUUUGACGGCUGCAUAAAAUGUAUACAAUAGAUCAUCCCGUCCUUUUGUUGGUGACAAAGAGGCAUCACAGGCUUUAGCGAGCUCUCAAGUGCAGCUGCGAUCACCUAUUACCUGUAAACAGAUACUCAUCCACUUGUGCUCACAAAUGACUGAAUAAUUCAUGGAUCUUUGGACUCCCACAGUGGCGUUAGCCCCCAGCGCACUUUAUAUUUCACCUGACUGGGCACAAGCCCAACUUCACAGCACUUCCGCCGCGCUUAUAUCCGUGUAAACAAGGAUCUUAGGUCAGUAAUUUGACAUCAUUUGUUUAGAUGACUCUGUAUCUCGUCAAACAGUGACGUAAAGGUAACAUUCUCGUCAAUAGACUGAUUCUAAUUAAGUUGAUAACGUGUAAAAAUGUCAAAUCUGGGCACUGAUUUGUGUCUUUGCUGCUAAUACUACCUCUUUUUUCAAAAAAACAAAAAAAAACAACCCACUCUACUUCCGAUGUAUUUAUACUGCCUUGUCUUUUGAGUUCGUGCAUGUUUGUGAUCUGUCAGUGACUGACUGCUUGUGUGAUUUUUGCCAUUCAGAAAAUAAAAUAAGAACUGAGA